AUGAGUAUUCAAAUGUCGCUUGUGUUUGGUGCACUUGUUGCCCAAAUGUCGUUCUUAAUUCUUCUUCUUUUGCCCUUGCCGUAUGUGGUUCGGACGAGCAUUCUCGACACAUACUCGGUUAUUCGGAAAAAUACCAAUGUCAAGGUGGGGUUCAACUUUGCUCUCUUAUUGUUAGGGCUCCAAUUCUUUGACUGUGUCAAGAAAUUGCAAAGGUACUCGAAUGUGCAGAGUCCAUAUUUUGCCCAGAUGCAGCAACAAAUGACAGGGGGCCAGUUACUGUAUGACCAGCUUGCUUCUAAAUUCUACGCACAGCGCAAUCUUUACAUCACUGGUGCUGUGUUGUACUUGUCGUUGGCCAUCAACACAGUCUAUUCUAUUUUGGUGAAGUUGGUUAAGAAAGAGACUGACUACAGAAACUUGGUGAAGGAAGGCGCUCUGAAAAGUGGGGGUGGCGCAUCACAGAACGAAAAAGAGUCUGUGGAUCAUUAUCAAAAGUUACUUGCGCAACGCGAGAAGGACAUUGAGACUUUGAAAAAGCAAUUGCAAGGAAUGCAAAACGCGUACGACUCGUUGAACGAAACCACUGAGAGAUCAAAGGACGAUUAA